CUGUUGUCAAGUGGGAAUCGAUGGCGAUACAGUCGUUAUUAGUUAUUGUCGGAGACGAUAUGGCUUUUUUAUAACUCAUCGACUAACUUAAACGGGAUGUCGGCGGAGAUGGCCCUUAUAUGGAACACGCCUGUGGCUAACAUCGAUUUUAUUUCGACAAUCAUUUUUAGAUCGAACAUGCGGAAAAUUGAGAUGUAUACGAGAAAAAGUUGCCGGAUGCGGUUUUAGGGGAGGAUUUUCGAUUAGUUGCUUAAGUGUCUGCCGAUUGGGUUCUACAAGGAUCUCGUUAAUUCUUUAUACACGUUUUUAUUUUUUUCAGUGAAUAUUGAUUCGAAUUUUAAUUCCUAAAAGAUAUUACAGUAAAAUUUUAGGCGAUGAAUUAAUUUAUGGCUGACUGUGGGACGGUAAUGUUUACGUCAAACUUGAAAACAUUAAUGGAUUAAUUAUUUUAAAAAUGUAUUGUGUAUUUGCCAAAAAUGAGACACCUACAAAUCGAUGUCACUGGAAAAACACUUCUGAUCAUAAUUUUAUUAAAUAAUAAAAUAAUUUUAAUGCCUAUACGAUUUGUAAAUAAAACGUUACGGAACAUUAAGCAAAUACAUUUCUCUUACAUUUUAAUUGAUUUUAAUUGUUUCAUUGAUUAAUAUCGAGUUUACAUGCUACAAAAACCUUUGAAUCAUUAAUGAAAACUGUAUUGUCUAUCACUAACUGUGAAACGUUAUAGUUUUUAGCAACUGGCAGUACGUAAUAUCAGACUUUACGGAAUUUAAAAGAAAUAUAUCGAUAUAGCAAAAAACACAUAAAGUCACACCAAAGUGUAUUUUUGUAUUUAAUUUUGAAAAUAUUAAUGUAGUAAGUAAAAUGUACGAUAAAUAUUCGUUUUGUAACUUUAUAUUACAAUGUUCCGUGCCUUUCCAAACUUUAUCUUGUUUGGCAACUUUGUCAUCUCACAUUGGAUAAUGAAUUGUUACGUUCCUUGGAUCAUACUUAUUAAUUUUUUUGUAGAUUAUUUUUUUACAGUUCAUGUUUUACGUGGCUCAGGAUCUCGAAAGUAACAAUUCUUCCGAGGUUUGUUCAUUAUAUCAGUAGAAAGUAUCAUUUAAAAUAUGGCAAUGCUGGGAAAAUGAAAUAACUGUUACUUUAUGUAUAUUUCGAAUAUUUUUAUUCGCUUGUUUUUUGAUAUGGUCAGUUGUAACACAAUAAAAAACGGAAGUUCACUCAACUGAAUGCUUACUAUUCUAUUCAAAAGUAGGUACUUUAUUAGAAGUUAUGCUGUGCACAUUAUUUCCCUUUAAAAAUCAAUACCGAAAAUAACUUGUAAUAGCUACCAUUUCAAACGCUCCUAUUUAUUUUUCGAAGCCAUACGAUUCAACCAAUUAAAUGAACAAAAUAAUUGCAUCCCACGUUUCGCUACUACCCAGUAUUGGAUUAAAAAAUUGUUUUGCAGUUUGCAGAAGAGAGACGAAGGCAAAUUUGGGAAUAUGAAUCAGAUUUGUGUAAAAGUCGUUUGUUCAUCCUUGGUGUGCGCUUCCUCUGAACAAUAUCCGGAAGAAGUCGGUCCCGAAUUGCGGUGCGCGAGGUCAUACGUUAUAACCGCUUGAAACAAUCGUCGUCGCCGACGUCAUCACGAUGUAACUCGAUCGUGCCGUUGUCGUUCCUCUUUGAAGCGAACGAGUUUCUCCGGCGGUGGCGACCACACCACACCGCAAUCCACCGUCGGUCGGUGAACUUGCUGCGGGUGUCGGCAAGCUGGCAAACCGAUGUUUAUUAUAUGCCCGUUCGUUUCUCGCAUCUCUCCCUUCUUUCGGUCUUCCGAUCUAUGUCUAUUUUUGUCCGACACAUGCAUAUACGAGAUCGUCACGUCUCUGUUUAGUCAGCCAGCCGGUUGUAUAAGCACGUUGCGGUGUUGUCGCGAUAAAUGCCAGGUUGCCAUAUCGGGUUAUAACCAACUGACUCAGCGAUUAUGAUGUGGUUUUGUCAAGGACGAGAUGUGUGGUUUCGUGGACAAAUUUUCGGACGGAAGUCUAUAGAAAAGCUUGACGAUAUGUCAAACUUCCCUAAGAACGCUUUAAAACCGUUGGGAAAUUCCCGGUUUUCGACAUAUGGGGCACGUGGUGUUAGAACCGUUAUUUGUCACGUGGCACACAGGCCAGGUGUUAAAUUUAUUUCGGGAAAAAUUCUGCUUGGAUGAAAUUUUAAAAGGAUUGAUGUCUGGAAUUUUAAGCAAAUUAUUUCUGAAUUCGUUACAGAUGUUCAGGGUUAUGGUUUCUACUCGGAAUGUAUGACGAAUGACAGAAAUUUAAAAAAAGAAAGUUGUAUUUGCGGUCACGGUUAUUUGUGUCUUUGUGUGUAUUUUCAACUUAGAUUUCAAGUAACCGUAGAAUUUUGUUGCAGAAUUUUAGUCUAGAAAGCUUAUUGAAUUAGUAUUGCGUGCGAUUCCCGGGUCUCCAAUGGUUUUAAUCACUUUUUGAUUAAAUGUUUACAUUUAUGUUCAAACAACAAUAAUGUCACACCUGUGCUGACUGUUAUGAUGCAACAGUGUUAUUAAUAUGUGACAUCAAAUUAAAUACAAAUCGUGUUUCAUUCCAUUCUUCAAAAUCCUGUAAUCCUACACCAAGCCAAGUCCAAGGUCGAUCAAUAAAGCCGGAUUUAGAGAAAAAUUGAGGUUUUUUCACAUAAUGGUAACAAAAAUCCAAUAGGAAUUUCAGUAGAGUAACAUCGAAAAUACCUUACUUUGGAAAGAAUUCAAACUACUUCUACAUAUCUUAUUGUAUUUUUUUGUAAUUACAAUGGACGCCUAUUACGGUUACUCGGCUAUCGCCUCGCUUUUACAAUAUCAACCGUCCCAGUUACUUGUUUCAGUGAGAUCCUUCAAAAGUAUCUAGAUACAUAUUUUUAAAUAAUUUCUUUUGAGCCACUGAUGGAACGAUGAAUAAAGCUAUCGGAACACUGACCCUCUUCUAGCGUUUUAUUUUUAGCAAGUGCAUGCACGUUAUCGCCAUUAAAAAAAUUCCAAACAAAAAUAAAUCUCGACAGUAAAAAUCAAUAAAUGGGGCGAAAAGGCGUCGUAGUCCCUGAACUAUUAACUGCAUUUAAAUUGAAUGUACCGACACGUCGUUGACGACAGUGUCCGCAUGAUUCUGCGACGGCGGCGGCGGCAAUGAUGCGCCGAAUCCUUUUGUCGCAGGUGAAUUCAAAGAGCGGCUGGACCGAGAUUCUGGACCAGCUGCGUUUACCGAAAGAGUGUGUCAACGGCAGCGUCGCCUUGAAACAGAUUUACCUGAGGUACUUGGAUCGGUGGGAGAAAGUGCACUUCUUAGGAGAAGAGGCCGACAGAGGCAGCGACGACGAUGAAGAGAGCAGACACAAGAGGUGGUCGGCGAGGGCGUUACAUUCCGUACCGCUCACGUAUAAUUAUAGUCAGCACGUGAUAGCAGAUACGAACAGAGAGUACAACCAUUUGUCGACGAGCAUAUACAAAUCGUCUGAUUACGACAGGCUAGCCUUAUCGUUGAUAUCGCCGUUGCCCAACGAGCAAGAUUUUGCCAUAAACGUUUGUACUUUACUCUCCAACGAUGGCAAACACACACUCAAACUCGAGAAACACCCGCGAAUCGUCGAUUAUCUUUUGGCACAUGCUGGUGUUUUUUGCCAUAGCUCUCUCCGACGUCUCUUCGUCCAUAAUUACUCGACGGUCAGAAAGCACCCCAUUCACAAUUUCUGGUCGGAAGUGCUCGAAUCGAAGGAAUUUUUGGAUCUCACCGACGAAAACUCCGUCUUUAUAAAAUCCGAAAGUGUCGAUAGUGGCGAAAGUGCGAAAUCGGAAAUCGUCGUGGAAAAAUGUGAUUCUGAUAGUGACUGUGAAAUAACGGAUAAUAAACGAUUUAAAAUAACCCCAAGUGAUCGUGAACUGUUCUGUUUGGAACGCGGUCUCGGCACCCAAGACUACAUCGGCCAAAGAGUGCUUCAAGUGACUACAAUUUUAAGGAAUCUCAGUUUUAUCGAAGAGAACGUACCGAUUUUACUACAAAACAAGACUUUUUUGCGGUUUUUGUUACUGUGCGCGUCGUCGAGAUGGGGAUAUUUGAAGAAUUUAGGUUUGGACAUGUUGGGUAACAUCGCGACGGAUUUUUUAGUCAAGGAUUAUCCCAACGACAGAUUCUCGGCGAUUUUACUAAAAAUCAUCGUUAACGGUUUGAAGAGCGAAGAUCGUGCGCUGUGUAUUUCUUCCCUCGAAGUUUUAAAUAAAUUAAGCCAGAAUGAACUGAACGAAGAAACGCUUUUGCGAUUUUUAGAAGUUGACGUUUACGAAAAAGUUUGUUCGUUUUUAACGAUUCACGAUGUGAUGUUACUCAUUUACACUUUGGAGUGUUUGUAUUCGUUAUCGUCGCUUGGGGAACGUUCCUGUAAUUUAAUUGUGAGCAAUCACGGCGUGGUUGACACUCUUGUGUCUUUAGUAACAGUCGAAGGGAAAAGUUACGGACCGAAAGCCUGCAUCGGAAUGAAAUUAGUAGAGACACUGCCUGGUGGCGUUAGCACAACGGCAAGUCAAGCGAUAACGACACCGGUCGCCACCACGACAAAUUCGACUGUUGCGAGCACCUCGACGACUACGACGGCCACCAGUGCGGUUUUAUCGACGAUUACGGCCGUCAAAACGAGUGUGCAGACGACGCCAGUGAGGACGGUACAAAUUACGCCUCAGAGGCUUUUGACUAUAACGCCGAGUUCCUCAACCGUAACGACGACUGCUACGACGCCCGCACAGACCAUGACCCCCCAGCAGCUGAUCCAGCAACAGCACGCGCACCAGCAGGCCAUCCACGAGAACGAGCAGUUUGCUUUAGCGUGGCUGAGGGCCACGUACGAGCCCUGCGUGAACGGCAAAGUGGAUCACCAGGAGUUGUACAAACAGUAUCUGAAUUCGUGUUCGAAAAUCGGUCGACGAGGGGUGAUUUCACCCUUGCAUUUUCCGAGAUGCGUUAGGUCAGUAUUUGGCGGGACGGUUGGCCCGAAUCCGAUGAAGCCGUCCAGCGCGAACGAGCCCCAGUAUUAUGAAGGGAUAAAGGUGCGAGCUCAACCCCUCAUUAUUAAUAUCCAACCGGCUUCCACCACCAAUCCCGUCACCACCACCCCACCACCACAGCCCACUAAAGGACCAAACAGGCGAAAUAAGCAAUCGGCCGCAACAAGUCCCUCACAAACGCCAACUUUGACGGUCAUGGCCGACAAUAGUAAUUCCAACGACACUAUGAAUAACCCACCCGUCUCUCCCGCCUCACCUAUCCUCAAGGCGCAGCUAAGUGCUCCCCCCAAACAGAGGGACGCCACUGUGGCUUCGCCGCCCACUAGUAAAGGCGAUAUGAAAAGUCAGGUAAUGGCACAUCCGCAUUUGAGCCAAGCUUUAUUGGGCAGCAAUUCAGCGCAGACGACCGCCGGCUCAAGCAAAGAUAAUCAGGCAGGUCAAAGCAACACGUCACUCAUCAAAAGCUUACUGGCCACAAAGGUAAACGAUUGCAUGACUACAGUGAGCAUGAGGACUGCAACAGACUGCCAAAAUGUAGCUCAGGUCGUUGCACGUCAACAAAAACUUCUCGCCCAACAAGUGAACGCAACCACAACAACGACGACGUCCACGGCGGAUAAUAAGACGCCAGUCAAGGCCGAAAAUCAAAAAUCACGUUUGAACGGCGCUCGUCAGUUGUUUCCUGAUGGUGAAGUGGGUGACCCUUCUGUUUCAUCAACAACACAAUUUACAAAUAUGCUCAAGGGUAAAAAAGAACCGCCUCAACCGCCACCUCCAUUGGCUCCUCUAAGCAAUAAUAAGAAAACGUCGCGUAUAGACAACGAAGAUAGCGAUUCGACCGGUAAUAAUUCGUUAGCAUCGAGUUCGGGUAUGGGGACGAUCUGUAUAGGGGGUAUUUCGUCGACGGAAGACGGUGAUAAUUCCUUGACGAGUUUCGAGGGUAUUUUAAACGGGAUUCCGAAUAUUGAUAAUCCGUUAAACGAGGACAGCAAUUCGAAAGAUUCGGUGAAAGUCAGUGGUGAAAUUUUAAAAAAUAAGCCCUUAAGACUUGCCGAUUUAUUGGAAAAGAAAGUGGAAAAAACACCGCCGACAAUGAUGAACGGAACGCUUGGUAAAGAGUUACGAUUAGACCUUGUGGAGAAUCACAUUGAGAAGGCGUUGAGUCGCGAAAAUGAAAACCACGAAGAUGAAAAGAAAAGCUUAAAACGACCCGCACACGACGAAAUCGUCGAAAGUGAACCGAAAAAAGCCAAAUUGAAUGUUAACGGGUCCGCAGGAGCUGAUUCCUCCGCUCCUGGCUCGGUUUCAAGCUCGAACGGUGAAGAAAGCUCGACACAGGUCUCCACAGCGGCCGCAAAACUUUUCGCCGACAUUGCAGCCGAUAUUCUCGAAGGAGAAGACGAGGAACAACUCAUGCAAGAAGCAUCAAACCCACCACCAGUCGAACAACCAACACCAGUAGCGCCCUCAACACCAGUCCAACAAUUAAUCGUUGAUAACAAUCAGCAAGUCUUGUUGACCCAACCCAGACAAAUAAUCGUUUCGCAGCCGAAAACCCAGCCUGGUCAAACCGUAAUAGUACAAAACGCCGGCCAACAAAGAACUCCAAUGGUCCUGCAACAAAACACAGGACAAAUCCUGCUGUCUCAAGGUCUGCAAGGCCAAGUCCAACUGGUCGCCAGUACGACACAACCUGGCCAAUACGUGCUGCAAACUAGUGGUGCACAAGGGACUUAUAUGGUGGCGCAACCGCAAACGGCAGUAGUUCACGGACAGCCCCAAACUGUCCUAGUGGCCCAAACGGCACAACAGCAAGGCAGCGGCACUAAAACCAUAAUAAUCCUCCAGCAACAACCCUCGUCCACACAAAAAGUUGUUCUACCACAAGGACAACAAAUGGUCGUUACGCAAGUACACAGGCCGGUAUUACAGAGUUCUACGGUGACUAAUAAUGUGAUACCGACGACGUCCGUGAUUAAGACGACGCCGGCGUCGAGUAACGGUGUCGUGGAGAAAAAGGAGGAAAAGCCGAAAAUUAUAAGGGAUUUAACGACGCCGUUUGUGUGCGAAUGGGGUGAAUGUAAUCUAGACACUAAGUUUAAGUCGGCCAAUCAGGUGUAUUUACAUGUGUGCGAGGCACACGUUCCUAAAGGUAGUGAGGAGAUUGUCUGUCAAUGGGACCGUUGUGAUAAUAUGAAAAGGAAGAGGUUUUCGUUGAUGACUCAUCUUAACGACAAGCACUGUAAUACCGAGGCUAUGAAACAAAGUUUAACGCGUCGAAAGCAGGUGUCGCAGGGGGGUAAAGUGGAGCCCCCGCCCCCGACGCCGACGUCGCACCCCGGUUACGCCCCCGAUGCGGCGCUGCACGCCAUCAAGAGGCACGCGUUGGAGUUUGUCAAUCCCAAAGAAUUACAAAAAACGCCGGCAAAGCAGGGCACACCGAGUGUGCCUGCGCCCCCGCCCCGAGCUGGGCCCACUCCGCCCGAACAGGACGACAAUGAGGGGCCUGUGACGAAGAGCAUAAGAUUGACAGCGUCGUUAAUACUUAGGAAUCUCGUUAUUUACAGCAGUAAUUGUAGAAGGUACUUAAAGCACUACGAGCCUCAUUUAGCGAAUGUAGCCCUUAGUAAUGUAGAGUCGUCGAGGACGAUAGCACAAGUUUUGUACGAUAUGAACGAAGGAUCGAAUCACAGGUGACCGGCACGCAAAAGGACGUUUGUUAGGGACGCCCAGUGAAAGUGUGUGAAUAAUUGACAAAAACCUGUCUGUAAAUUAUUAAGUGGAAGUGUACAAAUGUUUAGAUUGAUAGGUACUAAAAGCCUAAUGAUUGUUAUUUUUAUAUUAUUUACUAGUGUAAACAAGCUUCUGGAAUUCUGCAAAUUUUUAUUUCAGUCAUCGUCGUAAAUAAACAAUUUUCUAUCUGUGCAAUUUAUUGAAUUUGAUCGAAUUGUAGCUACUGUAAAUAAUUCCAAUCAUGUACGGUGGAUGAUCAUAAAAUAUUAAGGUUUUCUGUUCAUACUUGUGAUAUAUAAAGCACAUCGUUUAUUUAUCAGUAUUAUCUGAACCUGUAACUUGGUAUUGUUUCGAAAUUUCUGUGAGGUAACAGAAUCUCUAGUUGACUGAUUUUGUGUUAUACAUGAGAAGAAGUGUUAUGGUACUAAUUUUCAUGUGCUUAGCAUAUCCACAUCUUAACUUACCAGUAAAACUCUGUAAAAUGUUUACUAUUAUAAAAGAAAAUAAACUGCAUUUAAUGUGA